CCGGAAGAUGUUUUAUUUUCAUCCGGUAUAGUGACCGGCUGUAGCAAGGCUGUAGACCACAUGUAGGACUGAGCAUAUUAUAGUGUUAAAUCAUGGUGGUGAAGAAGAAAACUACUAAAGUGGAGGCGGUGGUAUUGGAUGAGGAGAAGCUAUGCCAGCUUAUCGCGUCCCUCUCUGUGGACGGAGGCGCAGAUGGAGUCAAACAUCUUGCCCAGACCCUGCAGACCUGCUUACAGCUGACUGACGCCGUGCAGCAGAUCCAGCUGAUUAAAAAGGCUGGAUCCCAGUUGGAGACUCUGAGUGAGGAAGACGCUGGUGAAGCACUGGAUGCUUGUCUGAACGCCCUAUCUCUGAUCUACACCUCUGUGCAAGCAAAGAACCCCCUGAGACGGGCUGCAGCCAGUGCUCUCAGUUCAGUGCCUGAGUGUCUUCAGGGCCGGGCUGUGGAUAGUCUGUCCUCCUGUUUGUCCGACUGUCUGUCCACUCCGUGCUCAGAACAGCAUCCACACACCGUGGACACCAUCGCCGCCUGCUUGGAUGGCUUCCAUCUCGGUGAAAGAUGUAUUAACAAGCUGCUGCGUCAAGUGUUAAAAUUCAUCUGCGAGGUUUUACAGGAAUACCUUCAGCAGAACAGCGGUCUUGCAGGGCGCCACAUCGCUCAGGCCCAGCUCAUGCAGUCCUGCCUGGCUGCGGUGAAAACGUCCAUGCUGGUUCUCCAGAGAUCUCAGGGCGCCGUCGGGGCGGCGCCGCCGGAGCCGCUGGGCGGCCUGCUGAGCUGCUACAUCCACAUCCUCACUGACGAAGAGUUCAUCCAGGCGGUUCAGAGCACAGCAGGCAUGGCCGUGGUUCUGCUCAUCAGGUCCGUCAUGGGCACCGGAGACGAAGUCGCCUCAGUGGUGAGCAGUUUGCUGCGUGGCUCCGCUCCGGGUUUGGACUCGCCCCCGCGGUGGCUCCAGCUGAGGUGCGAGGCUCUGUGUACGAGCGGACGGCCUCCGGGUGUGGCUCUGUAUCUGAGCCACGGCGCUCUGGCCAUGUUGGGCUGGAAAGGCUCUCUGCCCGGGCCGCAGUGGGAGGAGCUGCUGCUGCUGGUCCCAGAGACGCUGCUGGGCCUGGAUGUCAGUGUAAAGGAGUCCAGCACAGCCAUGGUGGUGGCUCGGGUGUUGACCCUCUGGAGCGGCGCCGCUCUGGACUGCCUGCAGGAGAAAUCGGGCCUCUGUCCUCCCAGCCUCCAGGUGGCGCUCCGCGGUGGCUCCAUACUGCAGCGCCACCUGCUGGAGCACAUCUACUCCCACUGGGAGCAUCCUCUGGACGGCGUCCGCCACCAAACCCGCUCUUUGUUCCACAACCUCCUCCUCCUGCAUCGGUGCACGAAGCCGGCGGACUCGGACCCGGCGGACUCGGACCCGGCCUCCGAUCCGUACGUGGCAGAACUGACCCGCAGCCUGCUGGGCCUGGAGUGGCACAUGAGGGGUAAGUACGGCUCUCUGGGCUGCCUGGUGGAGCUCUACGGGGCGGAGCACCUGCUGGCCGUCCAGCCCCGUCUGCCCUCUCUCCUUCUGGACCUGAUGGGCGAUCAAACGCUGGCUCCGUAUGCCAGUGACCUGCUGGAGAGGCUCUUCGUCAGCCACAAGGCACAGCUGGCGGCACGGGAAUCGGACUGGAUGGAGCUGUGGCACCGGACUUGGGUGAACCCCCUCCUGGACGUUCUGUGCCACACCAGGCCGGAGCAGACCACCUACAUACUGGACUACUUCCUGCCCAAGCUGCUGCGGUGCAGCCCCUCCAGUCUGGCACACAUGGUGCGCGCCCUGCAGGGGGCGCCGCCCUGCAGGACAGGUCCUUCAUCCAGCAGAGGAGCUGUGGGAGCCUUGAUGACCUGCCUGCGGGCGGCCAGAGCCCAGGGAGUCGCCGCAGCCUCAGAGGAGAGUCUGUGGGGCGGGUUGAUCCCGCUCUCACUGCUGCAACAAGCACUCAUCCACAAACAUGAUCAGGUGAGGAUGGACGCUCUGGGUUUGGUGUGUGAGAGCCACCGCAGCACCGAGGUUCUGACCUCACAGGAAAUGGAUCUCAUCCGCCAUUUCCUCCCUCCCAAUCUGAACAGCCAAUCACCAGGCGUCAGGCAGCAAACUCUCAGCCUGAUGAAGAAGUUGCUCUGCAGGGUGAAGGACAGCAGCCAGCUGCUGCAGAAGAGACUCGUUCAGGAGCGCCGGGCUGAAGACCAGCGCUCCCUGGAUCAGUACAGGGCUUUUCUUCGCUGGCUGAGUGGGAACCUGCUGGAGGUUUUGCUCCCUGGAGCCUCCUUCUCCAAAUGCCUCCUGUCCCUCAGCCUGCUGAACCUGCUGAGUCAGCUCUUCUCCUUCACCGCUGAGCCCGGCCUGUUCGCCCUCGGUGAGGUCGUGACCCCCACACAUGCUCAGAACGUCCUGAACUGCGUGGCCAGCAACUUCCUGGAAGUGAAGCAGCUCGCCACGUCGCUGCUGAGCCAGCUUCCUCCAUCUGCUGUUGGACUCCAGGUUCCGGAGACGAUGCUCUCUGUUCUCCGGGCCGCUCUGGACCUCAGCACCAGCACCAAACCCUACGACAGUGUCACCGCCGCCCACCUGCUGCACCUGCUGCUGCAGCAGCCAGACCUGAUCCCGGUUCUGCUGCGAUGCGAUCCGGGUCUGGACCUCCAGAUCCGGCCUGAGGCGUCCCGGUCGCUCAUCCUGGAGCUCAAUGCGCUGGCAGUGAUCCGGUUGCUGCUGCGCCGUCUGCAGACGGAGCUGUCCGGAGCCGAGGCGUCGCUGCUGCAGGCGGCCGCUUCGUUUCCGCUCUACGGCAGAGUGCACUGCAUCACUGCCGUCCUGCAGCGUCUGAACACAGAGUGUUUGAGUCAGACGGAGCAGUGGACGGGUCUGGUGUCGGAGCUGAUCGCCGUGUGCUACCGGAUGUCCGAUGUGGUGUCCCCGGUGGUCCAGAGCUCGUCCCCGGAGGGACUCAUCCCCAUGGACACCGACUCUGAGACGACUGGAGGUCUGCAGAGGAUCCUGCAGGAGAUUCAGCCCAGAGACUCCAACGACUUCUUCAACAGCGCCAGAGAGCUGGAGAAACCCGAAGGAGAUGAUCAAAGUCAGGCCCAGACGCAGCGCACACCGCCGCUAAACGCAGAUGGGGAGGGCUACAGAGUGACGGCUCAGAUGGUGCUGGUAUGUUGCUGGCGGAGCAUGAAGGAAGUGGCCAUGCUGCUCGGUCAGCUCUGUCAGACUCUGCCUCUGCACUACAGCAAUGAAAUCGAGCCGACACACCCCGGGCUAAUCACAGAGCAGCAGGUGGAAGGAGUCGGUUUGUACUUCCGCCAGCAGCUCCUGCAGUCCCGCCAUCGAGGCGCCUUUGAACUGGCCUACGUGGGCUUCGUACGGCUCACCGACAUGCUCUGCAGGAGCGGCAGUCAGAACUUGCAGCAGCUUCCAACCCGCUGGCUCUCCGAGGUUCUGGAAGAGGUCAAAUCCAGCGACCCGACGUCGAAGCUGUGUGCCACGCGGCGAAGCGCCGGAAUACCGUUCUAUAUCCAGGCGCUGCUCUCCUCGGAGCCGAAGGCAUCCAGCUGCAGCCUGCUGAAGGCGACCAUGAAGCAGCUCAUCGCUCUGGCCUCGCCGGCGGCUGACAGGAGCACCGACGCCUCCACCGUGCCUCAGGUGCAUGCCCUGAACAUCCUCAGAGCUCUGUACAGAGACACUCGUCUGGGGGAAAACAUCAUUCCCUUCGUCUCAGAGGGGAUGCAAGCUGCUGUGCUGGGAUUCACCUCUCCUGUGUGGGCGGUGAGGAACUCCUCCACGCUCCUCUUCAGCACUCUGAUCACGAGGAUCUUUGGCGUGAAGAGAGGGAAAGACGAACACUCAAAGAAGAACAGGAUGACGGGUCGGGAGUUUUUCACUCGUUUUCCGGCUCUCUAUCCGUUCCUCCUGAGCCAGCUGGAGGAAGCUGCAUCCACUGUGGAAAGUGACAGCGGUCAUGUGACGCUCCACCCCAGCCUGUUCUUGCUGCUGCUGGUGCUCAGCCGCCUCUACCCCUCCCCCAUGGAUGGGUCGUCCUCUCCUCUGGGACUCGCUCCUUUCAGGCCCUUAAUCAUGAGAUGCAGUCGGUCGGCCGUGUACCGGACCAGAGAGAUGGCGGCCCGGGCCCUCGUCCCGUUCGUACUCGUCACCCAGAUCCCGUCCACCGUCCGGACCUUACUGCAGGAUCUCCCUGCAGAACCGGGACCCAACAUCCAACAAAACCACAUCCAUGGCGCUCUGCUGCAGGUCCGCUCCCACACACCCACAUCAACACAAACCAGUUCACUCAUACUGGGAAUAUACAUCGCUCACUUUCUGUCGUUGCACCCUGACCAAACACAACCAAACAGUCUGCCUGUAACAUCAACACUGCCAGAGGAAAAGGGGCAGAGGGGGAUUCCCGGAGCCUUGAUGGGGGUCGGAGGGCGCGGCGCGGCGCGGUACGCAGGGGUCGGCGCAGGGAAUGCAAUCUGCAGCGGUUUCUUCAGGAUGAGACGGAGUGUGUGCCGCUCGCUGGCGGUCAGGGCUCCGGGGAGGUCCGCUGUGGGACGGAGGGGUUGCCUCAUAAAAGCCUAG